AUGUUUUUUCACCAGGUUGUUGUCCAAGACGUUAUUCUAUGGAAGAAUCCGAACAACCAAGGAGAGGGCGUGUACACAGUGGAUGAGGACCGCCUGAAAAUUGGGCCGGUCAUCCGGCAAGUCUUGCUCAACAAGCUUCGUGGGCUCUUGCGGAACGGUGACUUGACAGGUUAUCGCAUGCUUUGGAAUCAGCAGCCGUUUCGCUUGAGGGGGCUGCCUGUCGAGAGCGCCCAAGAUCUGGUGCCAGGAUUUGACGACUCUCAGCCAGGGGAGGACAUGGUGUCCAUCUCUGUGGCUCUUGCAAAGUAUCUGCAUCAGAACGGAUUGACACAUCCACUGAAGAGAGACAUCGUGGGAAUGUCCCCGUUACUCUACGCGGUCAUCUACGGCAGCCCUCUGCUAGUUGAGGAACUGUUGCAACUUCGUGCAGAUCCCAAUGACAUGGCGCGGCAAGCUUUGCCAGAUGUGGAGAGGUACUGCCACGUGCUGGCGUUAGGCGCCUCCUAUGGCAGCCACGAGGCAAUGCAAUUGCUGAUCACAGCGCGCUCCAAUGUGAACUCCCGGGCUCGAGGCCUUUCUCUGACACCGCUUUGCAGCGCCUGUUUUGCCAACGACGCUGUGGCUGUCGGAAUCCUCUGCCAAGCUCGCGCAGACCCGCGCAGAGCACAGGGCGGCCUGACGCCUCUGAUGUGCGCCAGCAUUGGUGGUGUGGAGGCCCUGCGAGAGCUCCUGGCCCAAGCAGACAUGUUGGCCUCGGAGCUUGCCCUUGCACUUCACACAGCGGCAGUGGCGGCCCCUACAGCCGAGAUAGUGCAAGUUCUCGUGGAAGCAUCCGCCGACGUCAACGAGCAGUACUUGCUACCCACCUGCAGCACCUGGCGGCUUCUCUUUCGCCUUAAAGGCUUCCAGUAUCGCCUCGGUAGGGCCACAGUCCUCCGAGCUGUCGGAUAUCACUACAGGGAUGCAACGCCGCUGAUGCUGGCAGUCAUCUGU